AUGGACGACCUACUUCGGAGUUUGCAUCGCAGCUUGGAUAGCUGGCGUGCAGUGCCAUUUGCUCGUUUCGGAGCUACAGGUAUCGAGUCCAUACUCGAUAACGUCUCGCCUCAGUACUUCGAUGCUAGCACACCAUUGAUCGUCAAGCACCGUUUUCUGGAACAGAGCAAGAUCUUUCGUGGUCUGGUGCUGGAAUAUCAGGGACAAUUGAAGCCUAAUACCUGUCUGCAAGAUUUGGCGGACGAGCUCCAAUUCGAGUUUCCACAGUUUAUUCGUUUCUGGGAUUUGGGCUCUACAUCGUCGGAAUCGUUAGAUGGUCUGGAGAAGAGAUCGCAAGCAGCAGCAGCGAAUGAUGAGCUGAGCCGCCGCUCCUCGUCGAAGCUGCCAUCAUCAUCAUCAUCAUUCGCCGAAAAGACUACGCAAGAAUAUAAACGAGAUGGAGAAAACUCCACGAUACCACCACAACUCGAUGCCCUCCAUGAACUCACCGGCGUGAAUAUCCUCCACUCCCGAGGAAUGGUAGGUCAGGGAAUUUCCAUUGCAAUCCUCGACACCGGCUUGGACACGUUGCAUCCGGCCUUCGUAGCCAAUGCCAGCAAUAUCUAUCAUCGAGAUACUUCUCCCCUUCGACAUGGUACAGACAUGGUCGGAGACGACUUCAACGGCGCAAACACUCCUCAUCCAGAUGAUGAUCCAUACGUCGACUGCCAAAUCCAUGGCACACACACCUCCGCGCUCGUCGUGGGUGAACAGCAGGCUGUUGGGUUUGUUGGAGUUGCACCGGGAGCCACGCUGGACCAUUACCGCGUCUCAGGAUGUUCGGACACUGGUCGAUUUUCCGAUUCGGUGCUGAUUGAGGCGCUCUUGCUAGCGCAAUCGAGAGGGACGGAUAUCAUUUCCAUGUCGUUUGGGACGAGUAAUGGACCCUUUCCGCACGAGCUGGUGUCGGAGGUGAUGAGCAGGAUCUCGGCGGAGUCGAAGACGUUGUUUGUGGUUUCUGCUGGUAAUUCAGGAUCGGCGGGACCGUUUGGGACCAUGUCGCCUGUGGGUGCUGCUGGUGUCAUUGGUGCUGGUGCGGUGAACAGUGCUCAUGUGGUGCGGAGUAAUCCCAAGGCCAGGGCGAUUUACUCAAAGGGUGGGGAGGAACAUACGUUCGAGUUUGAGUGGCAGCCGGCUUUCCCAUCAAAGUAUCCUGAAUCGCUCCCAUUGGCUGUUCUGUCGCCCGAUACUUCGAUUGAAAAUGAUGCUUGUGGGAACGAUACAGCCGCACCAGACAGUCUCAAAGGUCGGAUUGUGCUUAUGCGCAGAGGUGGAUGUUCCUAUGAGCAGAAAAUGGCGUACAUUGUCGCUCGUGGAGCAGCGCACGCCGUGGUCUAUGACAAUCACACGACGGACCCUUUUGAUCUCUACCUCUACGGCAACUCGUAUAAAGGCAUCCAGGGCACAGGAUCACUACUUGCGGAAACGGGGGAUCAACUGGCCAAGAUCUUUGCAGAAGCAGACCAUAUGACGCUGGAGAUGGAUUCCAAAUUCACCCUCCUGCCAGAAGUACGAACACAGCCCAACCCCAACCCCGGAUCAAUGUACACUCCCACGUCGUGGGGUCCGACUGGAGAUCUUUCUCUGUUCCCUUCGGUUCUGGCACCUGGUGGUAACGUUUGGUCCGCGCAGCUAAGGUCCGUAGGAGGCUAUGGUACUCACUCCGGGACCUCCAUUUCUGCUCCGUAUAUUGCCGGCUGUAUCGCACUCCUGCGUUCGGUCUAUCCCACCUGGUCGGCUGAAGAAGCCGUGCGUGCGCUUAUACACACCGCCACUCCUGUGCUUUUCAGUGAUGGAACCAAAAAUAUCGACAAUCUUCUGGCACCAGCCUGGCAGCAGGGAGGCGGCCUGGUCAAUGUCGUCGCAGCUGUGGAGUCUCAGACCAAGAUUUCCGUCUCCUUUCUGAACUUCAACGACACCCAAGCCUAUCAAGAUGUGACCUUCACGAUCAGCAAUGUGGGGAAAGAGAGUGCUUCUUAUGACUUGUCCUCAAUUUCCGCUGCAACGGUGCAGACACUCGGCCCGGACAGAAUUAUCGUUCCGUUUGCAGCAAACGCAGGAUCUCAGCAGGCCACACCACAGUUCCUUGCAGGCGUGCAUAACACAGAAGGAGCGACAGUAGAACUCAGUCAGACCUCGCUUAAACUGGCUCCUGGAGACUCGGCCACGAUACAGGCCAAGUUCAACAUGGCAGCCAUGGCCGAUGAAAAGACCUGUCCGUUGUACAGCGGUUAUGUCAAAAUCAAGGACAGCCGGGACUCUGACCGCGUUCUCAGCCUGCCUUACGGCGCAAUCGGCUGUCGUAUCGCUGAUGUGUCCAUCUUUCCCCCCACGUGGAAAUCGACCUUUCUCACGUCGGCGACGUAUAGUCAAAGUGACGACGAGGAUAACACUUUGUCGCCAGCAGCGUUGGACACCACGUUCCACUUACCAGGAGCACCAGGAUCCAGCGGAGCUGACGCCGACAACUCCACCAGUAGCGAUGUGCAAUAUCCCACGAUCAAUGUCGAGGUGGCGAUGAUCAGCCCUGAUGUCGAUGCCUUUCUGAAUACUUGUCCCGGCGACGUGUCGGAUGACUCCAACUCGUGGCCUAUUGACGUGCAUCGUAUACAGGCGACGGGAGGCUUCUCUCGCAUCACACCACGAAGAUUGCUGUGGGAGGGCAAGCUCACGAAUGGGUCAAUGGCCCUGUCGGGAUCGUAUUGUUUCAAAGUGUGUGCACAUCGCAGUCGGGGGAGCGCCCAGGACUGUAUCCAGACCGCGCGGUUCAAUCUUCAGUAUUCGUAG